GUCCGAGUUGCCAUAAAUACGACGAGGCGCAGAAUUUUCUUCCAUCAGUCAUCGCUAGCUGAUCUCGGACAGUAGAACGGGACCACUUUCAAAGUCAAACCGCAUCUGGAUCCAUCUCAUCGUCAGCCCGAACCCGUCAAUCCGACAUCUCGCCACAGUAAAUUUGCUUCGUUGGCAAAUAAACAGACGACAAAAAAAAGGCAACAAAUCUUCCUCUCACCAGAAGCCGCCAAAAUGACUACUCACGGAUGGCAGCCGCGGUUUUUCCUGUUGACAUCGAUGGCAAUUUUGAUUACCCUGCAGCAGCAACUCGGAUCGAUCGAAUGUGCCAAGGCUGGGACGUCUGUGAGUCAACAAUCACCUAAAGAACUUAGAAAACUGAGCUCGGAUCUUUUGAAAGAACUUCGUCAAGCUGAAAAAGCGCUAGCCCCUUUCCAAAAACAGAAAUCUACCCUGAACCAGCAACUCAAAAGUUACAAUGCCCUGAGCACACGUCACGCCUGGAAAUCUCCAGCCAUGCAGAAGCAACGCAGUCAAGCCAUCCGGAAGGAUGCCCUCAGGAUGCGAUCAACGCUGCGCGCUUUCGAUAAGAAUUUCAAGAGCAAUUUCGACUCCAAACUUCGAUCCCUGAAGGCGAAAGCAGCGCGACAAGUUGGCCCCAAUGGUGGUGGAGACUUGAGGGAACAGUUGGAACAAAGUGCUGCCAUCUACCGGAAAAUCCUGGAACUGCUGACCAACCUGAUCGAGUGUCCGAUUCACAUUCUAGAGAUCUUGGGACCGAUGGGACCAACGACAGAUACCAGUGAGUACGUGGAUGUCACCGAACCCGUGUAUCCGGGAGAGCUAGAAUCUCCAGAAGGAAAUAGUGUCUAUUGAUGCCAGACUUAUGUUAUGGUAAACGUUGGAACCAACCAAGUUAAGAUGAUGACCAUGCGACAACAAAAUGGACUCUGUGUGAACAAUUAGGUUAUAAGCUGAUCUAUACUUAUCGUGAAUGCAAAUACCGCAAAAAAAUAUAAUUAUCGUUGCAAAGUU